GCCGCCCACGAUAGCGGUGUCCGGCCCCUGGUGUCCUUCGAGUCCGCUUCCACGUCGCUUCGGGCCAGGAGCAACUUCACCACCGUGUCGUGCCCGCUUUCGGCCGCCCACGAUAGCGGUGUCUGGCCAUUGGUGUCCUUCGAGUCCGCUUCCACGUCGUCUCGGACCAGGAGCAACUGUACCACCUCCUUAUGUCCAUAUAUGGCUGCCCACGAUAGCGGUGUCCGGCCAUUGGUGUCCUUCGAG